GGGGAGCAGCUGAGGAAGAGGCUUGUUUUUGUUCAAGGAGCUGAGUCGAAGCAGAGCUUUCACAGUGAGGGGCACGUUUUUUUUUUUAUUUUUACAAAGGACUGGGGCAGUAGGGAGGCGCCACAGCGAUGUGGGUGCGCCGCCUCGGCCUGCUCCUCACUCUCUGCCUGCUCCAUGGGGGCGGUGCAGAGAGUGAUGGGGGUGGGCCUGGAUGUCAGCUACCCCCUCCAUGGACCAUAGGGGAGGUGGAGCCCAUGAAGGGGUCAAUGGGUCGAGUGACGGUUGUGGCCCUUUUACAGGCCAGCUGACUGUUCUGCUUGGUGCAGGCCUCAAGAAUGGAUGGCCUGCGCCAGAAGCUAGAAAAUCAGGGCCUGAAGGACGUGGUCUACAUGGUAAUAAACGACCGUGUGGAGAAAGCACAGCAGCUCCACCCACUGUUGGCACAAAGACUUUCAGAGAACAUCGCACUCUACAAGCAGAGCGAGCAACAGCCUGAUGUUUGGCAGACGCUCAAUGGGAAUAAAGACGACUUUUUCAUUUAUGACAGGUGCGGCCGCCUCACUCACCACAUAUCACUUCCAUAUUCAGUCAUUGGACAUGGACACGUUGAGCGUGCAAUCAAAGACACCUACUGCAAUCGCAUAUGUGGAGAGUGCUCACAUGAGAACACUGAACCUGCUGCGGAGUGCACAAACACAGCUGCACAGCCUGAUGCAGAUGCUAUCCCACCUGUAGGAGACAACACUGAACAAGUUCAUGUUCACGUUCAUCAUCAUGGUCAGCGUCAUCAUGACCGGGGCCUUUCACGUGCCUUCGGCCAUUACCACGGCCACGGCCACGGCCAUGGCCUUGAUCACAACCAUGGUCAUCGUCAUAGAAACCAUGACGGCGUUGCCCAUAGUUCUGAUCAUUUACAAAGUCAGCAACAUGUUAGACCACAGGGGAACGAUCAACACGAAGCUGGGCUAUCUCAAACCCAGCAUCACUUGGAGGCAGAUCACAUGCAGCAAGCAGUGCUCACACAGCAGAUGCUUCAGGAGGCCGAUGGAGCCCCCGUUAGACCUUGAGAGUCAGGGAAGGCUAGGUGAAAAUCAAAGUACAGCUGACAGUGGACAUCAGGCUCUGAGAACGAAGCCGCUCCCAAGGCCAGUUGAUGCUGACACUGACGCAAGCUGUUUGGUGAUGCAGGCAGCGAGCAGCCGCUGGGCCUCUGACACUGUGAUGAGGCGCUGCCCGCCUCCUGACAGUGACACGACCUGAGCGAGGCAGCCAACAACGUUAGGGAGACCUGACAGUGACGCUCGCCUCCUGCUGCCUGACAGCAGCCUGAGCCACCGCAGUGAGCCUGACCCCCCGGUGUUGGGAGCUGAGCCUGAGAGCAGCUGUAAGCUGGAACUGAUGUCAGCCAUCAACGCCUGGGCCAAGUGCUCUUUUUGCCAACAAGUAUUACCCUGAGCAGGAGGUUGGGCAAUCCACAGAAGACUUGUUAGACAAGUUGGAGUCAGAUUGAAACAAUUGCUUUCACUAAAUCAAGAAGUGCAACUUUAUAAUUCACAACCCUGGUUUGCAUUAUGAAGAUGCUUUUGCUGUCUGAUAAGUCUGUCUGUGGGCUGCUUUCCUCCUUCUCAUGCGUACAUGUGUUUGUCACGUUUGCAAACCGCCUCCUUCGUUUUGCUCUCGCCAUCCUUUAUGAAACCAGAUGCAGAAACUAUGCUCUAGUGGCGUCUGUUUGAUGUCGGGCUGGAGAGAGAGAAGAGGGUCGUUUAAGAACACGACGAACAGUACAACAUUUCCAAAAAUCAUAGAAAAACGUUUUUCUGCAAACACAAAAGCAAAGAAGAAAUUAUUUAGAAUAGAAAGAGUGAGAAAAGAUUUAGUUGCAACAUUAUUUCUGUUUAUGUGGAAACCCUAAAAAGCACAAGAGGACUACUAGAAAAAAAAGUAAAUUUUAUGUUAUGAAUGUUUUUUUUUUUUUUGGUCAGUCUUGAAAACAUGAAGAAUGUCUUUUUGUCUUGUACUUACUGAUAAACUUCAGAAGCUUUAACAAAUCUCAAGUUUUAUUUCCUCAUUAAUGUAAGCAUACCUUUAGGUGAAAACAGCUUCAUUUAUUAUAACUUUUAUAUACUGCUGAAAAAACAAGGGAUACAUUCACCCAAAGCUUUUAAGGUUUAAACAUUUGUUGCUGAAAAUGGAUAAAGAAAGAAAGAUUGCUGAUUUAUUUUCUGUACUUAAUGAUGGUUUCUGUGGGAAAACAAAUCACCCAGAAAACCUGAUGCUAACACAGAAAACAAGACUGUAUUAAGGUUGUUGGACUUGGAUAACCCAAUAAAAUAGAUUUAAAACUUUU